AUGGAGCUGUUUCGGAAAAUCGCUUGGCGCAUAAUGCCAGUAUUCGUGCUGGGCUUUCUGCUCACCAUGGGCGAGGCGUAUCUGAAGAGUGUCCGUGUGGAGGAGAUUCCCUUUGCCGGAAAACAGGCAUCGAUUAGCAGUCGGCGAUCUAGUGGCAUUCACCUGAUCUCAAGUUUGGAGCAUCAGCGCACCUUUCUUCAUCUUUUCCAUGUGCCGUACAUCAUCUGUUUCUACGCCGCCAAGGGCAAGUGGCCGUAUGUGCCAGGAUUUAUGAAAUAUCGUGUGGACAAUGCGGCGCGAAGUUUUUUCAACCAGAACGACAGUUUCAUCAAACAAUUCUGCACCAAGUGGAUACAGGUCAAGGAGUGCUUUCGCCCCUUAUUCGAUAAAUCAAAUACCACCACAGCGGAAGCGGAAGUGGAAACCCUGGAUCUGCGACGCUGCAAUUGUGAAAAGUUUUUACUUUCCACGGAGGCGCCGGCGGUGCCCGUUGUCUAUUUCGACAAGAACUACAUUGGCAAUGUGAGUUCGGAAACCAUUUUGACCACCAUCGAGUUCCUCGAAAGCUUCUUGCCGCCCCCCAAAAAGCAUAAGCGCAAGAAUCGAGUGCGAGGACGCUUGGAUGAAAUCGACAUUGACUAA